AUGUUGAGACGCGAGCAAUCAGCCCAAGUUCAGUUGAUUUGGAACUGACGAAAGAACACAAUUUUACAGUAAUAGAUUUCAGGAUUCCGAACCUUCUGUGCGAAACAACAACGCUUUCCCUGGGGACUGAAUAUUUACCAUCCGAAUUUGGAAACAACUUCUUGUCGGCCAAAGGACGUUAAAUAUUAAUGUGCCAGUCAUGGAUAUGAUGGAAGACCUAAUGUCCGAAGCUGGCAUGGAUGGAAGCGGAAUAAUAUCCAGUUAUCCAAACAUGUCUAAUUCUCUGGACAAUAGAUAUGGAUUGUGUAAUAUUUCACGCCAUGCUGGUUUGCCCUUUUGCUUAAACAGAAGCUCAGGGGUGGAUGAAUUCAGACCAGACUACUCUCAUGGUUUUGCAAUGCAACGCAUCAUUUCUAUAGUGGUACCAAUCAUAUUUGGCAUCAUUGUUGUAGUUGGGUUCAUUGGCAACGCCCUUGUUGUUGUAGUUGUGGCGGCCAAUCAACAGAUGCGUAACACAACCAACUUGCUCAUCAUCAAUCUAGCGCUGGCAGAUCUUUUAUUUAUCGUAUUUUGCGUUCCGUUCACCGCAUCUGAUUACGCUUUACCUUUUUGGCCAUUCGGUGACGCCUGGUGUAAAAUUGUCCAGUACUUGGUCAUCGUCACAGCAUACGCCAGUGUAUAUACUUUAGUCCUUAUGUCGCUGGAUCGCUACUUAGCCGUGGUCCAUCCCAUCACUUCAAUGUCUAUUCGAACGGAGGCGAACACAUAUUGGGCCAUCGCCGUUACCUGGGUUGUUAUAUUUGUGGCCUGUGUUCCAUUACUGAUGGCUCACGGGGAAGUUAUGUAUCUCUUCGCCGAAGAAGAAUAUUCUGUGUGCGUCUUUCUCCAAAAGGAGGGUUGGAGCUAUCACGUCUUUCAAAUCACUUUUUUUGCGACUUCUUACGUUAUCCCACUUUUGCUUAUUUGUGGAUUGUACAUAUGUAUGCUUAUGCGCUUGUGGAGGGGGGUGGCUCCAGGUGGGCGAGUUUCGGCCGAGAGCCGGCGUGGUAAGAAGCGCGUUACUCGCAUGGUUUGCAUAGUAGUCGUCAUAUUCGCCGUGUGUUGGUGCCCCAUUCAACUCGUUCUCGUUUUAAAAAGUUUAGCCUUGUUUGAAAUCACACCCUUGACGGUAAUGAUACAAAUCAUUUCCCACGUUUUAGCGUACAUGAACUCCUGCGUGAAUCCUUUUCUGUAUGCCCUGAUAUCCGAUAACUUUCGGAAAGCGUUUCGCAAAGUCGUUUACUGCCGGUCUUUGGGAUUUGCGCUUCCCAGUUGCGAGCAGCGCCAUCAGCCCAACAAUGGCGAGAAAUCCGACAUUCGACAGCCUCUCUUUACUGGAAACACAGGCAACACGGGAAACACUGGGUUUACCGGAAACACUAACAUGAUGAAGUCUACCGUAGUGCACGCUUCGAAUAACGCUGACGCCGAAGCCAUUGACGUUCUGUGAACAACAACAACAUUUCAACAACCGAGUGAUUUCUAUUUCAACCUGGAAAUUGACAAAAAAAAAAUAUAAAUAUAAAAAAAAAAAAACGACAAAAAAAAUGAUACACCGCUGGGAUAAAUAAAUGCUGCAACGUAUGUAAGUAACCGAACUAAAACACUAAUUUGACCAUUGAAAAGUGGAACAUUUAUUUUGCUUGAAUAGAAAUUCGAAAUUGUGGCGUUAUUUAUUGACAAACAAAACUGCAGUUCUGUUUUGCUUAAAUAAGUUCAAUAUGUCUUCCUGUUUUCUUGGCAUUUCACGAUUUUGUGUCUUUACACAAACUAUGCAAUAAAAUUAGAAACAAAGCGAUGACAUAAUAUUUUAUGUUUUGUAUUCUUACAGAAAGUGCCAACCGAAGCGAAUGCCCAUGAGGAACAGUACCGGUACCAGUGAAAAAAAAACAAAAAAAAAAACAUGUCAUAGGCUUUUAAAUAUUUUACAUUUUCGCAACCACAUUCCACAUAACACUACUUACCCCAUCCCGAAGGUUUGUCAGAUUUUGUUUUUAUUGUUAAAAAAUUGUAAAUGACGUUUAUCUGAUAAUUAUGCUUUCGUUGAAUUCAUGAAAAUGUGUCGUACCGUUAAAAAUUCUUUUUCGAGUCUUGUAAUCAUUCGCUCCGAAGAAAUUUUGAUCUGAGACAAAUGACAUAUUUGUGGCAGAUUAACAAGAAUAUUCCAGUUAGUCGUUUUUUUUGUUUUGUUUCUGACUUUGAUUUUAUGCCAAUAUGCUGCUGCUGCUUUAUAGGAAAAAGUUGAAGUUCCAUGAUAAUUCUUCACAUUUACUGAUUAGUGAUUUAUCCGAGGAUUUAUCUAUUAUUUGUAAAUAAAAUGCUUGAAUUUUAAUUAAAUUAUUGCUGCUCGUGUUUAAGAUAUAAAUGAAAUCGCGAAGGAAAGCUAGUUUGCGCCAAUCAAACAGUUCCGUUCACGCAUCUCAUGAUUUAUUUAUUUCUUAUGUUGCAUAUUGAUUGCUGUUUCGUGAAUUUAAUCCCAUCAUAUGUUCAAUUGUGAAUUCAGUUACUCUUCAAUUUUUCAAUACCGUAUAGGAUUAAAACUGUGUCAGAGCUAUGGGAACUUAUUAGUCUCCAAACGAUUUCCAUAGCUCUGACUGUAUAUUAAUGUAAAUUGAAUGUAAUUACUACCAUUUUUCAACCCCCAGUUGCACUACAUUGACAAUGUUACUUCGGGGAAAAUAUGAAAUUCAGAAAAAAUAUAGCAUUUUGAUCUUAAAGCGCCAAAACGAAAGAUUUUUAAAAUUUGAGAUAAAAUCAACACUGAAAGUGUUUUAAUUUUCAAUUAAAUCUCAUAUAAUUCACGUGUGUAACAUUCCAACAACUGCUGCAUGUUAGGGUGUUGCUCAGUUUGCAACUUUAACUAUGAUUCCUAGACGACAAUAUAAAUCCACAUUAAACCAACAAAACAAAUUGAAAAUGAAACAGUUUUGUGUCAUGUUACCCUCCAUAUUUAAUUAAUACAUAGUAAUGAC